GUGUUUGCCAAUGAAGUGAACGCUCACCGGGAUCGGAUCAUCGAGCUGGAUCAAACUGGGAACCAGCUGAAGUUUCUCAGUCAGAAGCAGGAUGUGGUAUUGAUCAAGAACUUGCUGGUGAGCGUCCAGUCUCGCUGGGAGAAGGUCGUCCAGCGCUCGGUGGAGCGGGGACGGGCUCUUGAUGAUGCCAGGAAGCGAGCCAAGCAGUUCCAUGAAGCCUGGAAGAAACUGAUUGAUUGGCUGGAGGAUGCAGAGAAUCACCUGGACUCGGAGCUGGAGAUUUCCAAUGAUCCUGACAAAAUCAAGCUUCAGCUCUCCAAACACAAGGAGUUCCAGAAGACUCUGGGGGGGAAGCAGCCUGUCUACGACACCACCAUCAGAACAGGCAGAGCCCUCAAGGAGAAGGCCUUGCUUCCAGAUGACACCCAAAAGCUGGACAAUUUACUGGGAGAAGUCCGGGAUAAGUGGGACACGGUGUGUGGCAAAUCUGUGGAGAGGCAGCACAAGCUGGAAGAAGCCCUCUUGUUCUCUGGCCAGUUCAUGGAUGCUCUGCAGGCCUUGGUGGACUGGCUCUACAAGGUGGAACCCCAGCUAGCUGAAGACCAGCCUGUCCACGGUGACCUGGAUCUGGUCAUGAACCUGAUGGAUGCUCACAAGGUCUUCCAGAAGGAGCUGGGGAAGCGGACAGGGACAGUGCAGGUGCUGAAGCGCUCGGGUCGGGAGCUCAUCGAGAACAGCCGGGAUGACACGACCUGGGUGAAGGUGCAGCUGCAGGAGCUGAGCAACCGCUGGGACACGGUGUGCAAGCUGUCUGUGUCCAAGCAAACCCGCCUGGAACAGGCCUUGAAGCAGGCAGAGGAGUUCAGGACGGCCGUGCACGUGCUGCUGGAGUGGCUCUCGGAGGCAGAGCAGUCCCUGCGCUUUCGGGGAGCGCUUCCCGACGACGCCGAGGCACUGCAGACCCUCAUCGACACCCACAAGGAGUUCAUGAAGAAAGUGGAGGAGAAAAGAGCGGACGUGAACGCGGCGGUGGGCAUGGGCGAGGUGAUCCUGGCCGCCUGCCAUCCCGACUGCAUCACCACCAUCAAACACUGGAUCACCAUCAUCCGAGCCAGGUUCGAGGAGGUUCUCACGUGGGCGAAGCAGCACCAGCAGAGGCUGGAGUCAGCCCUUUCUGAGCUGGUGGCAAAUGCAGAGCUGCUGGAAGAGCUCCUGGCUUGGAUCCAGUGGGCUGAGACAACCCUGAUCCAGCGGGACCAGGAGCCCAUGCCACAAAACAUUGAUCAGGUCAAAGGCCUCAUCUCUGAACACCAGUCCUUUAUGGAGGAGAUGACACGGAAGCAGCCGGACGUGGACAGGGUGACGAAGACAUACAAGAGGAAGGCUACUGAGCCCCCCCACGGGCCCUUUGGUGACAAGUCCCGCAGCAGCAGAAAAUCCUUGAGUCAGGCUGCGCCUCCCAGUAUGCCCAUCAUCUCCCAGUCAGAAACAAAGAACCCCAGGAUAAACCAGCUCUCGGGGCGCUGGCAGCAGGUCUGGCUCCUGGCCCUGGAGCGCCAGCGGAAGCUCAACGAUGCCCUGGACAGACUGGAGGAGCAGCUAUGCCCAGAAUUGAAGGAGUUUGCAAACUUCGACUUCGACGUCUGGAGGAAGAAGUACAUGCGCUGGAUGAACCACAAGAAGUCCCGUGUCAUGGACUUCUUCCGGCGCAUCGACAAGGACCAGGACGGGAAGAUCACCCGGCAGGAGUUUAUCGACGGCAUCCUGGCCUCCAAAUUCCCCACCACGAAGCUGGAGAUGACGGCGGUGGCCGAUAUCUUUGACCGUGAUGGUGACGGCUACAUCGACUACUAUGAGUUUGUGGCUGCUCUCCAUCCCAACAAGGAUGCCUACCGCCCCACCACUGAUGCUGACAAGAUUGAAGAUGAGGUCACCAGGCAAGUGGCCCAGUGCAAGUGUGCCAAGAGAUUUCAAGUGGAGCAGAUCGGCGAGAACAAAUACCGG